AGCGCCAGACGCGGAGCUGGGAAAGGGGAGGCAGAGGAGGCGGAGGCGGAGGCAGAGCGCGAGCCAGAGACCGAGCCCGAGCCAGAGCCCGGCGCCGAGACCGACCGACCGACCGACAGACCGGCGGGGCUGGGCCACGCAGACCCGGCCCGGCGAGUCCUCCCGCGACCCGAGCCAGGUCCCUGAGAGCCGGGGCCCGGACUGGCCGGGGACUCGGGAGCGCCAGAGCAGAUUCCCGAGUAAGGCUUUUCUCGGCCUCCGACGAGGGCUGGCCCUUUUGAAGGCGCCUCCUUCAACCGCAGGACCAGACAGGCCACCAUGACCGAGAACUCCACGUCCGCCCCUGCGGCCAAGCCCAAGCGGGCCAAGGCCUCCAAGAAGUCCACAGACCACCCCAAGUAUUCAGAUAUGAUCGUGGCUGCCAUCCAGGCGGAGAAGAACCGCGCUGGCUCCUCGCGCCAGUCCAUCCAGAAGUACAUCAAGAGCCACUACAAGGUGGGUGAGAAUGCCGACUCGCAGAUCAAGUUGUCCAUCAAGCGCCUGGUCACCACUGGGGUCCUCAAGCAGACCAAAGGGGUGGGUGCCUCGGGGUCUUUCCGGCUGGCCAAAAGCGAUGAGCCCAAGAGGUCGGUGGCCUUCAAGAAGACGAAGAAGGAAGUCAAGAAGGUGGCCACCCCAAAGAAGGCAGCCAAGCCCAAGAAGGCUGCCUCCAAAGCUCCCAGCAAGAAACCCAAAGCCACCCCAGUCAAGAAGGCCAAGAAGAAGCCGGCUGCCACGCCCAAGAAAACCAAAAAACCCAAGACUGUCAAAGCCAAGCCAGUCAAAGCAUCAAAGCCUAAGAAGGCCAAACCAGUGAAGCCCAAAGCCAAGUCCAGUGCCAAGAGGGCCGGCAAGAAGAAGUGACAAUGAGGCUUUUCUUGUGGACACUCCUGCCUGUCUCCUGUUUUCUGUAAAUACUUUUCUCCUUUCUUUUCUCUUGAUCUUCACCUGCAAUCCUUUGCCCCUUUCUAUCCUGACUGUAUAAGAGACAGAAUUUGGAUUCCUCAGACAUUAGGGAAUAAUUCAUUUUUCCUUAACCAAUCGUGCAAAGACAGCAACAACAAAUCUCUCUGUAAUGAUGAGAAUGUACUUUUGUUCUGUUGACUUGUUCUUAAUCUACUUAAUGGGUUUGGGGAUUUGGAUGGGUCUGUGUGUUUUGUUUGGAUGGUUUGUUCACUAUGAAGGUAGAGGGGCGGGAGAGAAUGGGCAAGGCAGCUUGUUCUGACUAGAUGAGGGGGAGCCCAGAAAUUGUAAGGUUUGGAGGAGUAUCUUUGAGGUGAGCUAGCUUUCUCUAGGUUGCUCACCCCUGUGAAGAGUUUCCGAAUCUCGGCGGGGAGAAGGGAG